UUGGGGGACAUUCCCAUCAGGAUCGCGAAGGAAGGUUAUCGGUUCGUUUUCACGGCGUUGGGGCUGGCAGCCGCUGCCCUGGCCGUGGGCUGGUUCGUGGUCGGCGUGGUACUGCUGGCGGUGGCGGUGGCGGUGGCAGGGUUCUUUCGCGAUCCGGAGCGCGUUUCGCCGGACGGGGAAGGCAUCGUCGUGUCUCCGGCGGACGGCAAGGUGGUGAGCGUCGACGAUGUCUCGGAUGCCGAUGGCCGCAGGGUCAGCAUCUUUCUUUCGCCCCUGGACGUGCACAUCAACCGGGCUCCCAUGAACGGACGAGUGGUGGAUGUCCGCUAUCAGACGGGCCACUUCCUGGCCGCCUACAAGGGCAAGGCGUCCGACGAGAAUGAACGCAAUGCCAUCGAGCUCCCACGGACCAGGGUGAUGGACAGUACCGAAAAGUCCGGCUCGCCGUUUAGAAAAGUCCGGCUCAUCCCGCGGGGGAAGGCCAAACCGGGCCGCCUGAAGCGGCGGGGUCCGUCCAACCGGCCGCGCCGCGCCAUCUAUCUUCUGCCCAGCCUGUUCACCGCGGGCAAUCUCUUCUGCGGCAUGUUCGCCAUGAUCUUCGCGUUCAAUGGCGAGUACCAUCAGGCGGCCCUGUUCAUCGUGGUCGCGCACCUGCUGGACGGCGUCGACGGCGCGGUGGCGCGGCUAACCCACACCACCAGCCAGUUCGGAGUCGAAUUCGAUUCCCUGGCCGACCUCGUCUCGUUCGGCGUGGCGCCGGCGAUCCUGCUCUACGUAUUCGCGUUGGCGCCGUUGGCCACCUGGGGCGGCUUCGUGGCGGCUCUGUUCGCCGUCUGCGGGGCGCUACGCCUGGCGCGCUUCAACGUCCAGACCCUGGCUACGGAAAAGAGCUACUUCACCGGAUUGCCGAUCCCGGCGGCCGCGGCCAUGGUCGCGGCUACCAUCUUCAUGUAUUUCAUGCUGGGACUCGAGAACACGGACAGCAAGCCCGUGGUCUUUAUGGUCAUGGCAUGUACGCUGGCGGGCCUCAUGGUGAGCAAUUUCCGCUAUCUCAGCCUGAAACAGCACCACUUCAAGAAGCGCAGCACCAUUGGGUUGUUGCUUUCCGCGCUGGUAAUCAUUAUACUAACCAUCUCUAUGGACGGCGAGCAGUCGCCCGGGGCAAGCAUGAACAUCGACGAGAAGGUCCUCAUUGCCCGCCAACUGGACAAGCUGGGGGUGGACGUCAUCGAGGCCGGCUUCGCCGCGUCGUCGCCGGGGGACUUCGAGUCCGUGGUGCAGGUAUGCAAGGCCGUCAAGCGCCCCAUCGUGCUGAGUCUGGCGAGGGCGCAGCAGGGCGAUAUCCGGAAGGCCGCCAAGGCGGUGGAAGGGGCGCGGAAGCCGGGGCUCCAUACCUUCAUCGCCACCUCCGAUAUACACAUGAAGCACAAGCUCCGGAUGUCCCGGGAGGAGGUGCUGGAGUCCGUGGGUACGGCCGUGGUGCUGGCGAGGAGAUAUCUGGACUAUGUCGAGUUCUCGGCGGAGGACGCUUCGCGCAGCGACCCGGAGUUCUUGGUGGAGGUCUUCUCGGAGGCCAUCCGGGCCGGGGCGAAAACCCUCAACAUUCCGGACACCACGGGCUACGCCAUCCCGUCGGAGUUCGGCGAGCUGGUGCGGUACCUGAUUGAAAAUACCGAGGACUCGGACAAGGUCACCUGGAGCGCCCACUGCCACAACGAUCUGGGUCUGGCCGUGGCCAACUCCCUGGCGGCGGUGGCCAACGGGGUGCGGCAGGUGGAGUGCACGGUGAACGGCAUCGGCGAGCGGGCCGGCAACACCUCGCUGGAAGAGGUGGUGAUGGCCCUCAAGACGCGGCGGUCCGUGUUCAAUCUCGACACGCGCAUCCACACCGAGCAGAUCUAUCCCACGUCGCGUCUGCUGUGCCAGGUCACCGGCAUCUCGGUUCCGCUCAACAAGCCCAUCGUGGGAGACAACGCCUUUGCCCACGAGGCCGGGAUCCAUCAGGACGGCGUGCUGAAGCAGAAGCUCACCUACGAGAUCAUGAAGCCCGAAACCAUCGGUAUACCGGGCAACCGGCUGGUGAUGGGCAAGCACUCCGGCCGGCAUGCCUUCAGCGAAAGAUUGCAGCAUCUCGGCUUCACGCUCAACAAGGACGAGAUCAACCGGGCCUUCGAUCGGUUCAAGGAGCUCGCGGACAAGAAGAAGGAAGUGUUCGACGAGGACAUCGAGGCCCUGGUGGCGGACGAGGUGCUGAGGAUACCGAGCCAGCCGGACCGUUACGAGCUGGUGUACAUGAACAUCGCCUCGAGCUCAUCCGCAGUGCCGUCGGCCACUAUACGGAUGCGGGUGGACGGCGAGGAGAAGAUGGCCCACGACACGGGUGACGGGGUGGUGGAUGCGUGUUAUAAAGCCAUCGCCAAGAUCUCCGGUAGCCGCGCGAAGCUGCAACGGUAUUCGGUUUCGAGCGUCACCGGCGGCACCGACGCCCAGGGCGAGGUGUCGUGCAUGCUUCAGGAAAAGGACAUCAACAUCUCCGGGAAAGGUUCCCACACGGACAUCAUCAUGGCGAGUGCGCUGGCGUAUGUGAACGCCUUGAACCGUCUCGAAUAUCGCAAGCGGCACCGUAAGGUUUCAGUAGAGGGGGGUCCAUGA